AUGCUUCAUCAGCUCGGUAUGGAGGCAAGCAACAGAUAUGCAGGGCCACCAUACGAAGCUGAGGACUCUGGCUCGCAAUCUAGUGCCGUUAGUUCGGCGUCCGCCGAGACUUCUGCGGACGACGACUGUCCUGACAUUAUGUCGGACUCUGAUGUCUCCGACGAUGAGACUAUAGUGUGGCUCAGCAGGCGGUCGGUUCCGGAGGUGCGGGUAACGCCGAGCGAUGACAGUAGUGAACAAUCCUGUUGGGACUUGUUGUCCGAUUCAACUGAGGAUGAUGACACUAACCAUAGCUCGGUGACUUUGAGCCGGCCUAGGGCGCAUAACAAGCGUUCGUACCCUGCCAGGCGAUUGAAGACGGCAGCUCGGGAUGUGCAUGAUAUACAUGACUUAUCUUCGAUGACUACGCAGGUGGCGAAUGGAGAUGCCUCUGGUGUUGAAGCUCGGGAUCUUCGGGAGCUGCUGCUAGCAAGAGCAGCGCAGCUACAAGCAGAGCGGGAGAAGCAUACCCCGCCGGAGACGGUCCCUGUGAAGGUCCUCUCAUAG